GAUAAUAAUCCACUUUUAAUUAAUAUAAUUGGAAAUGUUAUCUUUAAUCAAUACAAUCAAUAUAUAAACAAACCUCUUUUUAAUUUUUAACAGUAGUAAUAAACAUGUUCACAUUGUGUACGUUGGUUUUAUUUUUCAUUGUGGCAAACGCCUCACCAUCAAGAGAUAAUGAACAAUUCCAACUUAAUGUGGUACAUAUAAAUGAUUUUCACGCCAGAUUCGAGGAAACAAAUGAAUCUGGCGGUGCAUGCAAGAGUGACACUUGUAUCGGAGGUAUAUCAAGAUUUUACGAACAAGUUAAAAAUCUAAGGCAGAAAAAUCCAAAUUUGGUUUUGCUAAAUGCAGGAGAUAAUUUCCAAGGCACACUUUGGUAUUCAAUUCAUAAGUGGAAUGUCACACAAUACUUCUUGAACAAAUUUAAAUUCGAUGCCAUUACCUUGGGGAACCACGAAUUUGAUGAUGGAAUAAGCGGAGUGGUACCAUUUAUAAAGAACAUGAAUGCACCAACGGUUGUUUCAAAUAUUGAUGACUUGUUGGAGCCAGAUUUUCAAAAUAUCUACUCAAAAAGUACGAUUAUUGAAAGGAAUGGCAAGAAAAUCGGUAUAAUUGGAGUUUCCACUAAAACCACUGAACAAAUAUCAAGUCCUGGAAAACUUAAAUUCCUUGACGAAUCGGAAAGCGUUAACGCCGAAGCUAAGCGACUUGUUGCUGAAGAAAACGUAUUCACAAUUAUUGUUCUUUCCCACUCUGGAUACGAAGUUGAUAUAGAGAUUGCAGCAAACGCUCCUGAAAAAGUCAGUUUAAUCGUUGGUGGUCAUUCCCAUACAUUUUUAUACACGGGCGAACCUACUCCUGGUCCAGAUACUCCGGAAGGUCCAUAUCCUACAAUUGUGGAAAGAAGCGACGGAACGGUUGUAAGAAGAAAAGAUGGAAAAAGUGUUUUAAUAACACAAGCUUCAGCUUAUUGCAAAUACUUCGGCAACAUUAAUGUUAAAUAUGAUGAAGACGGCGAAUUCGUUGACUGGAGUGGAGUACCUGUAUUUAUGGACAGCAACAUUUCCCAAGAUGAUGAAAUCAAUGGGGAUUUGGUUCCUUGGAAAGAAGCAGUCGAUGCGAUGGGAUCUAAAGUACUGGGAAAUACGUUGGUGGAUUUGAACGCCGACUGCUAUACCCACGAGUGUCUUCUUGGUGAUUUUGUCACCGACGGAUAUGUCCAUUAUUGGAAGAAAAAAGCCGAACCAGGAUCUUGGGCAUACGCUUCUAUUGCUAUUAUGAACGCUGGAGGUUUGAGGACUACCAUAGAAGCUGGAAAUAUUACCUAUAAUGACUUGCUGACAGCCCAGCCCUUUGGUAACACAGCGGACGUUAGUGAAAUUAAAGGAGAGCAUAUUAAAGAAUUGUUAGAAACAGCUGUAUCAUCUGAGUAUUUCUACGGAAGGGUUUACGCUAGUAUUAAAUUAAUCCAAGUCUCGGGUUUGAAGUACUCCAUCGAUUUAAGUCAACCAGAAGGUGCAAGGAUUCAGUCAGUGGAAGUAUUAUGUGCAGAAUGUUCGGAACCAAAAUAUGAGAAAUUGGAUUUAGAAAAAACUUAUCGUAUUAUAACACCAUCAUUUUUAACUACUGGUGGUGAUGGGUUCGAAAUGUUGCCUAAAGUUUUGAAAAACACCGUUAUUGGUCCUCUUGAUAGUGACCUUUUAACUGAAUUUAUUAAUGCCACAUCUCCUAUAGAUACGAAAAUUGAAGGAAGAAUUAAUAUUAUUGGUUCUAAGAAAAUUGUUUUAAAAAAUGUGUAAUUGUGUAAUAUAAUAUUUAGAACCUUGCUUAUUUUUAUUUUACUGGAAAUGACUUAUGAAGAAUAAAUAAAAUACUAUUUUA